AUGGUGCAAAGCGAUGGAGUCGCUUACUGUGGUGACCAAUUGAUAGGUGUUACCAUCACGGUCGCAAUUCUCGAAGGGGCAAUCGUUUGCGCGCGCUUCUACACCAGAUACAUGCACAAGACGGCCGUUGGAUCUGAUGACUAUCUUAUGAUUCCUGCGUUGCUGGCGAGUCUAGGGCAGGCUGCUCUCUAUGUUUACUCCGGCUUUCUAUUUGCGCAGAACACUAAUCAUGGGCGAAUGAAAGUGGUGAAGCAGGGUGGGGUCGGCUACCAUCUUGCAUAUGUGAUGCGAACCCCACAGAAGCUGGUGAUACUGCAAGAGUAUGUAGUUUCCUGGUCGCCUUGGAAGGUAGAAAUCUUACAAUCACUGCAGGGCCGUUACGCAAAUGAAAUUCUCGACUUUCCGUUUACCGUGAGUCCAGAAAAGCUGUCAAUUCUCCUAUUUUACCUUCGUAUCUUUACCCUUCGUAUCUUUACCCUUCGCACCUUUCGAAUAUUUGCAUAUAUCGUUGGAACAGUUGUUCUGAGUCACGCGAUUGGGGUGCUAUUUGCCGCAGUCUUCCACUGCUUGCCGAUCGCAUACACGUGGGACACUUCGAUCACAGGAACAUGCUUUUAUCAACAGAGAUUCUAUCGAUGGGUAUCCCCUCCAAACAUUAUGACCGAGGUCCUCCUCCUGGUGAUGCCUUUACCCUAUGUCUGGAAGUUGCAAUCUUCCUUAGGGCAUAAGUUAGCUUUGACAGGCAUAUCCCUAUUGGGAAGUCUGGGUCUCUGUCAAGCUUGGUAUAUGGACCAUUUUGGAAGGCGAGAUCAUAAUCAUAGCAGCCUGCCUACCUUCAGUUUGGCCAUUAUUGACCAGGAAAUUUCCUCAAAGACUUCUCACCACUCAACCUUCCCAAAGGGAGUUGCCUCGCUAUGA